AUGACGUCUGUGUUAGUAGUUGGCAGCGGCGGGCGAGAACAUGCUAUAGCUUGGCGGCUCGCAAAAUCCAAGAUGGUUAAGAAAGUGUGGAUAGCUCCAGGCAAUGGCGCCAAUUUCCCUGCUCCAGACAUGGAUGUCAAUGUCGCAGACGAUAUCGUUGCAUUCUGUUGCCGAGAAAGUGUGUCACUAAUUGUAGUAGGUCCAGAAGUACCCCUAGCAGAUGGUUUCGUGGACAAAAUUAAUGGUCGCGUUCCAGUUUUUGGCCCUACAAAAGCAGGAGCAUUGUUGGAGGCAUCAAAGAUCUUCUCGAAAACAUUCAUGAGAGACAACGAUCUACCUACAGCCAAAUUUGCACAAUUUGAUGAUACCUAUAACGCCAAAGCAUUCAUAGAAAAGUGCAACUGGGACGGAAUUGUGGUGAAAGCCGAUGGUCUUGCCGCGGGAAAAGGCGUUGUCGUCGCUGAGGAGAAAGAAGCGGCUGCAACGGCUGCUGAACAGAUGCUGGCGGGUGAGUUCGGUUCGAGCAGCUCCCGAAUUCUGCUUGAGGAGCGGCUGCAUGGAUACGAAGUUUCGGCAUUAUGCUUUACUGAUGGUUCCACAGUGGCUCGCAUGCCGCUCAUACGCGAUCAUAAAAGACUGCUAGAGGACGAUAAGGGACCCAACACUGGUGGAAUGGGUGUGGUUGGACCAGUAACUGUCCCUGAUGCAGUGAAUCGAGAGAUUGAUAGGAUUUUAGAGCAUACAAUCACUUCCUUACGUAAACGUGGGGUCACCUAUAGAGGAGUCAUCUACGCAGGAUUCAUGGUAACAGCAGAUGGGCCAAAACUUUUGGAAUAUAACUGUCGAUUUGGCGACCCUGAAACUGAGAUCGUAAUGAGACUGCUCAAAUCAGACUUAUACUCGAUUUGUUUGGCAUGCACAGAUGGGACACUUUCCCAACAGGAGAUCGAAUGGGACGAUCGACAAGCUUGUGGAAUCGUUCUUGCUAGCAACAAUUAUCCAUAUGGUAGCGAUAAGGGAACUCCUAUAGAAAUCCCAAAUGACACCGAAGACACAGUAAUAUUCCACGCUGGCACAAAGAAAUCGUGCGGAAAGAUUGUAACCAAUGGUGGUCGUAUUCUUUGCGUGACUUCGCUCGGUGUCACAGCAGCAGAAGCACGCCAGAGAGCCAUAAAAAUGUGUGAAGAAGUGAAGUUCGACGGGAAGUUCUUCCGCAAAGAUAUAGGUGUGAUAAGAAAUGGAAUUUCCAAAUCUCUGACAUAUACCGAUUCUGGCGUCGAUAUUGAUGAGGGGAAUGCUUUCGUUGAAGAUAUCAAAGGCCUUGUGAAAUCUACACUGAAAAAAGGCGCAGAACAGAUCGGUGGCUUCGGUGCUGUUAUUGAUAUUGCAGCAGCCGGUUUUGCUAGCGGAUCCCAGAUAGUCAUCGGCAUUGAUGGAGUUGGAACGAAAAUUGAGAUCGCCGAUAUUAUGAACGACUAUUCCGGAAUAGGUCAUGAUGUUGUUGGAAUGUGCGUUAACGAUGUACUGUGCCACUGUGCUGUGCCAAUAGCCUUUGUCGAUUACUUUGUAAGUGGACACCUGAACAGAGCUCGAGCACGAAAGGUUGUGGCGUCUAUUGCGGAUGCAUGUGUAGAGUCUGGUUGUAGUUUGGUGGGAGGAGAAACAGCUGAAAUGCCUGGUGUUUAUGGCCCGACGCAGUGGGACCUAGCUGGGUGUGCGGUAGCAGUUAGAGAGCCAGAAUGGCCACUGCUGCCUGUUACAGAAAGUAUUUGUGAAGGUGACUGGCUCAUUGGCCUCACCUCGUCAGGUGUGCACUCGAAUGGUUUCUCAUUGAUUCGGAAGAUAUUCGAAAUCAAUAAUGUGUCCUAUAUGGAGAAGACUCCGUGGGAUUCACAAAGGACUUAUGGUCAGAUCCUGCUUGCACCUACUCGACUUUAUGUUCGUUCUGUGCUUCCCUUGUUGGUAGACGGUCUCGUAAAAGGAUGUGCUCACAUUACUGGAGGUGGGAUAGAGGAAAAUGCAGUGAGAGUUCUCGACAGUAAGGGGAAUUUAGCUCUCGAGGUGGACGCGAGUUCGUGGCCAAAACCAGAAAUCUUCAACUGGUUGGCAGCUAUGGGACCUGUUGCUCCUAGCGCCAUGUUGCGAACGUUUAAUUGUGGCAUUGGAAUGGUUCUUGUAGUUGCUCCGUCUCAUGCUAUAGAACUUGAACAUCGUCUCAUGAAGAUAGGCGAGUGCUCAUAUCGCAUAGGAAAAGUCGUCAAAAGAAAGCAGUCUCUUAUUAGUUUCACCAAAAUGGAAGCUGCCUUUGCUGUCCUCAAAUAUACUACGACACCCAAGUCAAAAGUAAAGAUUCAGCUGAAAACCGACGCAUCCACAUGUUUCGUCGAAUUCGAUCAGCAUUCCUUCCGCUUGGCUGAUGCUAGGUGUUAUCAGUACGAUGUCAUCAGCAAAGCGCAAAUGGUGUAG